AUGGGUCUCAUUAGACCAGCCUUAGAUACUAUGGACUGCUCUGCUGCUGGAGAGCUUGCGGCGAGGCUUCGGGAAAAGCCCCUGGCCAAUGAAAUCCCAAUUCUUCUACACCCUUACCUCCAGGGCAAUCCGUCCCAGAAGGAGCAGUUGGAGGUGGUGGUUGCAUUACUCAAAUACACGGUUCCAGAGACAUAUCGCCACUUGACGGCGCCUACGCAGGAGAUUGUGGCAGCAGCGUUCCGUUCGGCCGUGGGUCUAGGGAACUUGCUAGCGAAAAUUGAAAUGUUGCUUCGUCUGAAGGCAGAUACUCUGUUGGAUGUGCUUCUGGCUGUGAACUGCCAUACUCGGCUUCUAGGAAAAGUGCUUGAGCCGGGCCUCCUAGGCCAUCUAAUACCGGGCCGUCUGACCAUAGAAGUCAAAGAGGUUGAUCGGUUGCUUUUCAAGGGAAAGUGCUACUCUAUUCUUAGAGAGGCUGACUACAAGCUUAAUGGGGUCUAUGUUCCCGAGGUCUGCCGGGAUCUGGGCACCUAUGCUGCAUAUCUAUGCCACGAAUUGCUCUCUGUGUACGCAUCGUGUGAUCCAAAAGUUGUCAAUUCCUUGGUACACUCGCUUCAAAGUGUGAAUCAAGAUACCACUUUCCAAUUCUUCGACACAAUGUUCUCGCCUGACCAUGUGGGCUUUCUCCGAGGAUGUGUGAUCGAAAUGAAGCGAUUUGAGCGGAAGAACAUCUUGCUUCGAUUCCUUCUGUUCAUUCAGAAUGCCUAUAUUCGCAAGGAUAUCCUAGAUUCAGUGCCUGCGCUAUAUACCCUCACAAAGUACUGCUUUGACCACUCGGUGUGGGAUAGCAUCAUGAUGGAGUCUGUUAUUGGACGCUCCAGCUAUGCAAUUAACACAUUAGCCGCUCAUUUAGCGAGGGCUGGCCUUGAUGACGCAAACUACGUCUCUUUAGUCUACAAGACUCUACAAGUUUGGGGAAAUGCCAUCCACAUGAAGGGCGAACCAAUCGUGACUCAAGGCUUCAGAACACACCUCCUUGUUGCAUUGUGUGCCUUGGUGCCCCGGGAAACCUUGCAUGAGCUUCUUGGUCAGAAGCCUUUCAUCGAUGCCAUAUCCACAAGGCUACAGGCUAUCUCAGAGAGAGUGAGAAGCCUUGGGUCUACUUUGCCGACAGGGUAUGCGAACUAG